AUGGCCCGCCUUAAUCCCUUCUCGUUUACCCCGGGGCCAGUCAUCUUCUUUACCACCGUUGUCUACGUGGGCCUCUUUGCUGGCCUGCUCGUUACCCACCUGACGGUACCAAACUACCCAUCUAAUCCGCCAGCCGGCAUCAACCUCACCGAAGCUUGGGGCGACCUCCAGCACAUUACCCGCCGCUUCCAUCCCUAUAACAGCCAGGCCAACGACGAUGUACGCGAUUAUCUACUUACGCGCAUCAAGAGCAUCGUCAGCUCCAAGGAUCUGGGAGAGGGCCAAGUCGAGCUGUUCAAUGACUUGACCUCCAAUGCGACCUUUUCGUCCGGGAGUACCUCUGUCUACUUUGAAGGCACCAAUCUCAUCGUCGCUAUCCGCGGAUCCGACGAUGACGAACCCUUCAACUCUACUGAUCGUAGUUCAGAAAAUGGCGGUGUGCUUGUGAAUGCUCACUACGAUUCUGUGAGCAGUGGCUAUGGUGCAACUGACGAUGGCGUCGGUGUCGUGACGAUCUUGCAACUUCUCUCAUACUUUACAGAGUCCAAAAACUGGCCCAAGAGAACUGUGGUACUGCUGCUCAACAACGGCGAAGAAGACUAUCUAAAUGGCGCCAAAGCUUUCAUGCGAAACCCGAUAUCUCAAAUCCCCCACACGUUCGUGAACCUUGAGGGGGUGGGAGCCGGCGGCAGAGCUGCUUUAUUUAGAAGCACUGAUACCGAGGUUACUAGAUUCUACAAAAAGUCCAAGUAUCCCUUCGGGACAGUCGUGAGCGGUGAUGGUUUCAAGAGGGGCUUGGUCAGGAGCGAGACUGACUACAAAGUCUUCCAUGGCGAACUCGGGAUGCGAGGUCUGGACUUUGCGUUCUUGGAGCCAAGGGCACGAUAUCACACGAUUGAAGAUUCUUCACGCGAAACGUCAAUGAACUCGGUCUGGCACAUGCUUUCCGCAGCUCUAGCCACGACAUCUGGACUGGCUUCCAUCACUGGUGACGAGUUCACUGGCCCAGAAAGUCUCGACAAUGGCAGGGUCAAUGCUGGAACUGGUAGUGACGGUGUGUGGUUUGAUCUCUUCGGAAGGGUUUUCGUUGUAUUCAAACUGCAUACUCUGUUCGCUUUGUGUGUUACUUUGCUAGUUGUUGCACCUCUUACACUAAUUGCUCUGACUUUUGGUCUUUCCAAGGCCGACAAGAACUACCUAUUAGCACGUAAGGCCUACGUGCAUUCAUCAGACGACGACAAUCCGGUGCACCUCUACGGCUGGCGCGGCUUCUUUCGCUUUCCUAUCAUAUUUGUCUCCGCAUCCGCUGUUGUUAUUGCAUUGGCAUAUCUCAUAGUCAGAUUCAAUGCUUUCAUUGUGUAUAGCAGCCCUUUUGCUGUUUGGAGUAUGAUGCUCUCGGCAUGGGUCUUUGUCGCAUGGUUCCUUGCCCGAGGAGCCGAUGCUAUGCGACCAUCUGCACUUCAGCGUAUGUACGCUUUGAUUUGGCUCUUCGUCGGCUCCUUUGUCUUUCUCACCAUCAUCACGGUGUUCGUGAAUGACUACCAGAUUGCUGCCGGUUACCCCGCGCUCUUCUACUUUGCGGCAGUGUUCGCAGCCAUCCUCCUUUCCUACCUUGAGCUCUUCCUUGCCCCAAGCAAAUCAGCAUAUGCUCGCCACUUCGAGCAAGAGAGUGAAUCGCGACGCAAUUCAGAGUCCGCAAGCAGGCCUCUUACGGGCAGCACCACUGCAGCACGGUCUGAUGAUCGUCCUGUGGGAGACGAUGACGCCACAGAGACCACCUCACUCUUACGAGGCGAUCGACGCGGAUUCACAAGAUAUGGCGGCAACAGGCGAGACUCCAUCAGCGAGGGAGGUGAAGAUCAUGCACAAGGACCCCGGCAAAUAGAUCUCGGCAACGUGUAUCCUGGAGAACAAGAGUGGAGCGGCAAAUUACCGAGCUGGAUCUGGAUCGUUCAACUUCUGCUGUUGGCGCCUAUCGUGAUCAUCUUAGUUGGACAAGUUGGUCUGCUUCUCACCUCGGCCCUUUACCAGACGCCAUCAGAUGGUAAUUCGACCUUGUUCAUCUACCUCGCAUUCGCAGGGCUUACGGUGCUGCUGCUCGCGCCAACCGGUCCUUUUAUCCACCGCUUCACGUACCACAUCCCCACCUUUCUGUUCCUGGUUUGCGUGGCAACUGUCAUUUACAACCUUGUGGCGUUCCCGUUCAGCAGGGAUCAUCGCUUGAAGGUGUAUUUCGUUCAGCGGGUCAAUUGCGAGACUGGCGACAACAUUGUGUCCUUGACCGGCUUGGACGGCUAUGUCCAACGCAUUGUUGGCGAGUUACCCAGUGCGCAAGGCAAGCAGCUUAUUUGCACGACACCCGAGGUCGCGACGCGUAAGGAGCUAAAGCAGUGCGAAUGGCAAGGUCUUGACGCUAAAGUCGUGCCGAAGCCAGCGCAUACAUCGUCAUCCCGCAACAACACAUACAUCAGCAAAUGGCUCGAUUAUUCGAUCCAGAAGGGCAACAGCUCCAACAAAGCGACAAUACGCGUUGUUGGCCAUAAUACGCGCGCAUGCCGCAUUGUUUUCGACUCGCCCAUAACAGCAUUGAGCGUCGCCGGCGCGGUUUCAGAUUCUCGCUUUAAACCCGUCGGUGCGGACGGGGCCCGGGAAGUGCGACUGUGGCAUCGCGAAUUCGGUCAGCCCUGGAACGUUAGCGUAGCUUGGAACGCCAAAGAACAAUCGAAACUUUCUGGAAGGGUUGUGUGCCUCUGGUCGGACGCCAACACAGGCGACAUCCCUGCUUUCGAUGAGGUGCAGCACUAUCUGCCCGUAUGGGCAAUACCGUCCAAGAUUAGCGAUGGCUUGGUCGAAGGCUUUAAGCACUUGGCUCGUGCCAGAAUGCUGAGAGCGUUUGACGAAGCCCAACAUACUGAUCAACGUUACCCGUUGUCCACGGAUACAGGACCUAUCCCUGCUUUACCACAAAGCUUUCUUUUAGUCACAGGAGAGACUAUAUCAACAUCUUCGGAGCCAUCUGCCUUGUCUUCGACAUUGUCAUCCGCCCUUGGCUCAAUAACUGCGUCAACUGUGUGUUCCGCCAGCAACCCAUCUGAGCUUGCGUGGCCAACAACCACAUCAGGCGACAGACCAGUCACAAGUGGCGUCUACCAACUUCUCCGCAGCACACGCAACACCGGAGCUUUCAGGGUCACAUCGGGUGUAGAUUCUGCGAUCGACGUUCGCCGCAGGGUGUUGGAUUUUGCUUUUGACUCGCCCCUUUCUACGAUCAUCGUCACAGCCUUACCAGGCACAUUUCUCCUCGUUGCACGCCAGCUUCCAGAUACCUGGGCGAGCAGACAUCAAACGUCUAUUGCAAACGCGUUGCACUUCGUCGCACUUGCCAGCUGCACGAAUCAUCAAUUCGAAGCCGGAGACUUGUUAGUACUGGUUUUUGUCAUGGUUGCGUUUGACGUGUUUCAGCGGGUUUUAGCGGCGGGCGCUACCAACCCUGACGGCGAAUCAGAUCUCCAACCCCGCUCGCCCUCGCCUUCCGAAACUCUCCGCAGCCAAACGCGCUCUGAUCAGGCCAAUGCGAGUAUCGUGCCCGAUCUCAAUACAGCGGCCGUCGAGGAUGGAGAUUUCGAGCCAAUUGAGCCAUCUGUGUCAUCUCAAUCAGGGGCAUGCGAUACAAAAACAACCACCGUGGACCCCAAAGAUAGCGAGAUCCUGCGACUGCAACGGUCGCUUACUGAAUCCAAAACAGCACAUAAGGCUCGUGAAGUCCAACUCCGUGUCACCAAGGAAGAGCUUCAUAACGCACGCGAUGCGCUCAACCAGACCUUCGCGGAAUACUCCAGCCUCCGCGAACAGCUGAAGAUUAUCAAACAAAACUUGGGCCGGGACCAUCAAGCUGUAGUAUAUCGGAAAGACAUUGAGCUCUUUGCACUUCGAAAGGGCAACGAGCAGAAAGACAAGAACAUCCAAGAUCGCGACAACCAGCUGGAAGAGAUGGCCAGGCAACACAAGACUAUCAUGGAAGUCAAAGACGCCCAGUUGAAAUUGAUGAGGGAGCGGCUGAUCUCCAUGGAGCGACAGUCAAGCCCACGGGAAUCAGAGGAUGGGGAGAAUGCACUCGAAGUGAGACUGCUUCGAGUCAAGAAAGGCAGAACAUCGCCGGAGGUUGAAGAAGACAAGGACGUGGUCAUUGCAAAGCUGCAACAACAACUGGCCUCCAAUACUAAGAGCAACGAAGAAGUCGUCAACCAGCAAGCUGAGCUACAAAGAGCAUGGGAGAUGGCCAAGAAAAUUCAGAAGGCCUUAAAGGAGGAGCGGGAGAGGCAUACACAGACGCGAGAACAGCUAGAAGAGGCCACAGUCAAACUUGCGGAAGCGGAGCCACAGCCCAGGAGUCGGGCCGGUUCCGUUGUAGGACGACUACCAACGAUCGAUGAGGACGAACACGACAAGGACGAGCUCGAAGCCAUGUUCAAUACUACUCAGCAGGAUAACCUCCGACUAUAUGCUGAAGUGGCUGCUCUAGAAAAGCGAUUGAGCGACGCCAAUGCACGUUUGUUUGCAGCAAUGCAGGAAGUUGAGUCCUUCAGGGUGCAGCUAAAUCAAGAGAAAGAGGUCACUGAAGACAUGGAAACUGCGCGUCCCAGCGUAGUACACCGUGUACACUUCCAGCGCAUGGAGGGUCAAGUGUCCGAGCUACGGGAAGCGCUCGCUAGCAAGGACGAAGAGAUGGAGUUACUCAGAAACACCAUUGCGGAGAAAGACCAUUACGUCAAGGACAUACAGGGCGAACUCGAUGCGGCUGCCAGCUUUCACACGCAAGAUCAAGACGAAAUCGAACGCUUGAAGCAAUCGAUCGACGAGCUGCAAGCGACAAAGUACCAGCUCAUGCUCGAUCACGAACGCCUUGGAUCGCAACGUACCCGGCAGCGCGUCAUCUCCACGGAGCGUACUGAUCGUUCAUCCGCUCGCUCAAGUGGUGCGACACUCAUCCAAGAAUUGAGUCCACCGCUGACGAAGCAUGCAGAGGAGGCGCCACCCGUGGAGACUCUACCAACCAUGCCGGUAGUACCAGAACGGGAAGGAAGUAUCCAAGAAACACCCCAACGACACCUCCGCAGCAAGAGUUCGCCAAAGGAAUCAUCGAACCGCUGGAGCUUGAUGUCGCACGACGUCCCACCUGCUGAGCUGAGAGAGCUGAAGAGCAACCGUAGGAGGAGCCUGGGUCUUAAGGUUAUGAUGCAGAAGAUGGUCAGGAAGAACCAGGAGGCUGAUUCUACAUCCACCGAGGCUCUGAAGACACGGGCUGAAGAGCCUCUCAAGAGGGAAGAGUCUAAAUUGAGGCGCGUGCUUGCACCCAAGGACAAGAACCUGUCUAUUCGUCCUUCUACCGCUGCAUCAGCCAUUGCGUCUAAGCCUGUCGGUGCUCAACCUUUUGCUACACCCAAGACCUCGCCACUACCUCAGGCUGUGCGUCCGCCGAACCCGAGACGUAAUUCUCCAGCUACCCCACGGUACUACGCUACCCAGAGCGCGACGAACCAGGCAACAAAGCCAGCUGAGACGGAGGACGUGGAGAAGAAGGAGAGACCGCGCAGUGCGAUGGGUGGUGAGCCGGCAAGACCAAAGAGCCGGUUGAGCUGGGGUUCUACGAACAAACUCAAACGACGAUCAUUGUACUGA